UUUCUUUCUUUUCAUCCUUCAAUCACUCCCUCAGUUUCUCUUCUUCUUUUUCAAUAAGCAUAUUUCACAAUCAUGCUUUUCCUUUUCUCAUUCCUAUAAUGUACCAAAGAAGAACAAGACAUGGCACAUCAUCAUCAUCAUCAUGAUUCUUUGUACUGCUCAGAACAACAUUAUUUUGAUGAUGAGGAACAUGAUCAUGUGUUUCUAGAACAAGACAUGUUGUGUGAUGAUUCAGAGUUGAAAACUCUUGUAUCAAAAGAACAAGAACAAGAGAAGAAACUCAGCAUUCUUUGCAUUGAUGAGUGGGAAAGAAGAGAAGCAGUGGAAUGGAUUCUUAGAGUGAAUGCAUAUUUCUCAUUCUCUGCUCUCACAGCUUCUCUUGCUGUUAACUACCUUCACAGAUUCCUCUUUACCUUCACCAUGAAGAAGAAUCAGCCAUGGUUGACUCAUCUUGCUGCAGUUGCUUGCAUCUCUCUUGCUGCUAAAAUGGAAGAGACACAAGUUCCUCUUCCUCUUGAUUUACAAGUGGAGGACAGCAAAUAUGUGUUUGAGGCAAAAACAAUAAAGAAAAUGGAGAUUUUGGUACUUUCAACUCUUGAGUGGAAGAUGAAUCCACCAACACCUCUCUCUUUCAUUGAUUACAUCACAAGAAGACUUAAAUGUUUUCACUUCCUCAACACAUGUCAGUCUCUUCUUCUUUCUCUCUUACCAGAUUCCAGGUUUAUUGGUUAUCUUCCUUCUGUGUUGGCAACUGCUACAAUGAUGCAUGUAGUUAACAACAAUGUGGAGCCUUGUCUUGCAUCUGAAUACCAAAAUCAGUUCUUGGCUAUUCUUGAAAUCAACAAGGAGAAGUUAGAAGAAUGCUACAAUCUUAUAUUGGAGGUUGUAUCAGAGUCAGGAUUCAACUACAAAGAAUCCAAAAAACGCAAUUUUGGAUCAAUUAUUAUUCCUAGUAGCCCAAGUGGUGUAAUUGAUGUGUCAUUUAGCUUUGAUCAUCAUGAUAGCUCUAAUGAUUCAUGGGAAGUAGUAUCUGCUAAUGAUUCUGUUUCAUCAACACCAAACAGCAUCAACAAGAAGAGGCCUAGGACUCAAGAACACACUGCUUCCUUUGAACAAUUCAAGCAAUGAUUUUCUCAGCCCUUAAUUAAUUAAUUAAUUAAUUUCAAUCUUCUUUGUGAGAACAUCAUGUAUGUCUAUGUAUAUAUAUAGUCCUAUCUUUAUUUGGAUUCAAUAAUAAACAUUUAUGUUGUGAUGGGGCUAUAUAUAAGGCAAAGGUUCAAUUUUGUGGACUUAAUUUCCACUUAAACCUGAGAUUAUAGGUGUGUGAAUUGAAGGGUUUGGUGCUAAUUAAGAUUUUAUAUAUAGUACAUAAAUCAAAACA